GUACUAAAAUAUCAAGGUACAGCCACACGUUGGCGCGAAAUACUUCGUCGCAUUUCCCAUCUCGACGCGUUCCUAGCUCCAGAAGAAUUCCAUCAAAUAACCUCAACUUCAAUUACAAUUUUGACCUCAACAAUCAUCAACCCAAUCAAGGCAUUGAAUUUUCUACUGUGAUACUUGUCAACUCACCAAUAUCCGAACUCAAAGCACAACUACACCGCCAAAAUGACGGACUACUCCCAACUCAAGGUCCCUGAGCUUAAGAAGCUUCUUCAAGAGAAGUCCUUACCUAUCUCUGGUAACAAGGCAGAUUUGAUCGCCAGGUUACAAGAAUCCGAGAAAGCGCCAGCUGGUGAAGCUACCGCAACAACAGGAGAAGAUGAAAUCGAUUGGGACGAAGAUGACGAAAAGAAAGCAACACCCGCAGAAGCUGCGAUAGCAGCUGCUGGAGGAAAAGAAGAGAUUCCCAACCCUACGAAAGUCCCGAAUCAAGAACCUGCGAUUGAUCCUGCCAAAACCACAGAUUUGAAGGUUACCGGAGGCGAAGGUGUUCCAACAGCUGAAGAUGGUGCAAUCGCAGCCUCGGGCCCCACCACAACUGAAGUUGCACCUGUACCAGAAGCACCAAAACAGGAUUUCAGCGCCGGUAUUGAAAAAUCCGAUGCACAGAAGGAGGCAGAGAAACGUGCUGCAAGAGCCAAGAGAUUCGGUAUCACAGAGGAUGAUGAGGCCGCGAAAUUAGCAGAGCGUGCGAAGAAGUUUGGAUUGGACAACAGUAAAAUUGUCGAGGGAUUGGACAGCGCACUACCGGAAAGAAGACAAAAGAGAGCUCGGGAAGAUGGUAGACAAGGAGGAAGGAAUUCAAAAAGACCAACACCAGACACCAGGAGAUCACAACAUGGCCCAAGAAAUGCGCAGAAGUCCGGUCCAAAACCGCCUGCAGCAGGUCGUGUCACCGAUAACCCGGCUGAGAAGGCAAAGGCGGAAGCUAGAGCAAAGAGAUUUGCAACUGCUGAAUAAGGGGACCUACGGAGAUGACAUAGCUAUACAUCGCAACAACACGAUUAGCUAGCGUUCCUGUAUACUAGUGAUUUGUUUUUUUUUUAAUUUUCCACGGAAUUCAGCGGCCUUAAUCAUUUACAGAAUACCAUUGAUACGAAACAUUUUCUCUCUCUUGGUUUGGAUCCCGUGAGCUCACCAAUUUCCCAAAAUAUACGUCCAAACAAGCUCUGUCCGUGCUUCUUGAUCAAGUGCCAUUUCCCUGGGGACAUUUGCGGUGGUAUUUUAUCUACUUGUUUCGGUGGUUUUCAACGUUCAGGCGCAAGGUCCAUCCAGGUCUCGGACAAAUAUAUUAUUUUGAGCAUGCAAUAGUUGGAAUUUUGAGUUUUUGGAAAGGAUAUCAGGAACCAAUAACUACUUGAGGUUCGAGCAAGAGAUAUAAUAGGCACUCGAUAGUGCCAGGGGAAGGUCGACUCAAAUGUUGACGUCCAACGAUUAUCCUUUGAGCUUCCCGAAGGAUCUGCACUAUACCUUUGAUGGAACCAAGUACCGCGAAUGGAAAUCCCCAAGUGACUUUGAUAGAUGUGAUAGGAGUAGCAGAGGAAAUGGUAAUUAUCCGCAUCUACACACUUGAAAAGAGGUGCACACCGACGCCCGGAAAAAGGACUCUUGGAUCAACAUUAUCUUCAUCCAAUCACAUUGGCGAAGCGUAGAUUUCCCCAUUCUAGUACGCCAUCGAUGUUCCAGACGGAAAAUCGAACUCAUCUCAUCGUUUGAAGUAACUGGGUUUACAACCAUACAUUGCAGCAUCACGUUACUGAUUUGGACCCGAAGUUAGGGAAAGCCGCACACCUUCUGCUGGUCCAAUGAGAGGUUCUAGAACCCUGCUCGUUGAGAAUAUAUUCAUCACCCGUGGCUUGGAAAUGCGUUGCGGUGCGGUCCUGGAUCCCGAAAAAAGGGUUUUCUGUGGGUGAUCUCUUUUUUCCGGAUCACGUUUGAUUGAUGUGAUUUGAUUGAAUGAUAUUUCCCCUCUUCUCUUCUCA